GAGCUUCAGUCGCAGUCAAUACAUUCCCAAUUUCAACAUCCGCCGCCACAAUGGAUGAUCUCUACGACGAGUUCGGUAACUAUAUCGGCGAGGCCGAGUCCGAGGAGGAGGAGGCGCAAACGACCGGCGAUGCGGCGGAGGCUUAUGUUCUUGACGAGGAAGCAGAGGAAGAGACGAACGACCAACAGCUCAUGGAAGUGGAUGAAGGACCUUCCAAUGCUGUAAUUCUUCACGAAGACAAACAAUACUACCCCUCCGCGUCCGAUGUUUACGGUCCCGAUGUCGAAGUAUUAGUGCAGGAGGAGGAUACACAGCCGCUUUCGCAACCCAUAAUCGAGCCCGUUGUGCAGAAGAAAUUCACAAUAGAAGAGACGGAGCUACCCCCGGUACACUUCAAGCGCGACUUCCUCACCGAUUUGACGAACUACCCAGAUCAAGUUCGCAACAUUGCCAUUGCAGGCCACUUGCAUCAUGGGAAAACAGCAUUCAUGGAUAUGCUUGUACUGGAGACACACGAUAUGCAAGAGAAAUUGGACAAGAAGAGGGGACGCAAGCGGGAAGAACAACUGCGGUACACGGAUGUGCACGUCUUAGAGCAGGAGCGAGGCCUCUCAAUCAAGGCAGCGCCCGUGACCUUGGUCCUGCAAAGCACUUCGAACAAAUCGCACUUGUUCAACAUACUAGAUACUCCUGGACACGUCAACUUUGCUGACGAGGUGGCGGCCUCUAUGCGGCUAGUGGACGGCGUUGUUCUGGUCGUGGAUGUCGUCGAGGGUGUACAGGUCAACACAGAGCAGAUCAUCAAGCAUGCGGUCCUCGAGGAUCUGCCUUUGACUCUGGUCGUGAACAAGAUGGAUCGUCUGAUGCUCGAACUCAAACUGCCUCCCAAGGACGCCUACUUCAAGAUAAAACAUGUAAUCGAGCAGGUCAACAUCGUCAUCGAGAAUACAAUACCGGGUAGGGGAGAAGGCCGGCGGCUGAGUCCGGAGAAAGGCAAUGUCGCUUUUGCUUGCACAAGUAUGCGAUGGUGUUUCACCAUACAAUCGUUCGCGAAAAUGUACGCCGACUUUUACCCAGGGUCGCGGGACCUGCCAGGGUUCGGUCAGCGCAGCAAGACAAUUGAUGCAGCCAAGUUCGCGUUGCGGCUGUGGGGCGACAUCUACUUCAAUCCCGCGAGUAGGAAGUUUAGUCGAAAACCGCAGGAAGAAAGCUCUCAGCGGUCAUUCGUGCAUUGGGUACUUGAACCCAUCUACAAGCUCUACUCUCAGACCAUAAGCCGAAGCCCCAAAGAAUUGGAGGAGAAGCUGGAUCAGUUGGGCAUCCGCCUGAAGCCUUCGCAGUAUAAGACGGAUGCCAAGGAACUGAUGAGACUUGUCUGUCAACAAUACUUUGGGCCUCCGGCUGGCUUCGUGGAUAUGGUUGUGCAACAUGUUCCAUCACCGAAAGACGGUGCACGGAGGUUGUUGGAGCGAUACUACACGGGUCCUCUUGACACGAAAACAGCGGAGUCGAUGCUGAAUUGCGAUCAGGAUGGUCCCUUGGUCGUUCACGUAACGAAACUUUUCAAUUCUACCGACGCCAAAUCAUUCCAUGCCCUGGGACGAGUGAUGAGUGGUAUAGCAAAGCCAGCCACUUCAGUACGAGUCCUGGGCGAAGGUUAUACGCUAGAGGACGAGGAGGACAUGGUAGUCGCCACAGUCACGGAUACCUGGAUCGCGGAAUCGCGGUAUAGUAUACCCACCAGCGGUGUGCCGGCAGGCAAUUGGGUACUCCUCGGCGGUGUUGACAACUCCAUUGUCAAGACAGCAACCAUCGUCGCACAAAAGCUUCCUGAGAAUGAGGAUGCUUAUAUCUUCCGGCCCAUCCGCCACUUCUUCGAGUCCGUUUUCAAGGUUGCUGUCGAGCCCAUAAAUCCUUCCGAACUUCCCAAGAUGCUUGACGGCCUACGAAAGAUCAACAAAUCUUACCCUCUCAUUACGACAAAGGUGGAAGAGUCAGGCGAACACGUCAUUUUGGGAACGGGCGAACUAUAUAUGGACUGCGUGCUGCACGAUCUACGUCGGUUGUACGCUGAUAUGGAGAUCAAGGUCUCCGACCCAGUGACAAGAUUCUGCGAAACUGUCGUGGAGAUGUCUGCGAUCAAGUGCUACGCCCUCACGCCAAACAAGAAGAAUAAGCUCACCAUGAUCGCCGAGCCGCUUGACGAAGGUAUCGCGGAGGAUAUUGAAUCCGGAAAGGUGAAUAUCAAGGAUCCCGUUCGUGUAGUCGGCAAAUUCUUCGAAGAGAACUAUGGCUACGACCUCCUGGCUUCUAGAAAUAUCUGGGCCUUCGGCCCUGAUGAAAUGGGACCCAACAUCCUCCAAAACGACACCCUACCUUCAGAGGUAGAUCCCAAGAUGCUCCGCUCAGUCCGAGACACCAUCCGCCAGGGUUUCAGCUGGGCCACGCGCGAAGGUCCUCUCUGUGAGGAGCCCAUACGGAACACGAAAUUCCGCAUUACGGAUGUCGAUCUCGCCUCAGAACCCAUCUUCCGCGGUGGCGGUCAAAUCAUCCCUACUGCCCGUCGUGCCUGUUAUUCUAGCUUUCUCAUGGCUAGCCCUCGGCUUAUGGAGCCUGUGUAUAGCUGCAACAUCACAGGUCCGGCGGACGCGGUAUCCAGCCUUUACACUAUAUUAGCGCGGCGGCGAGGUCACGUCUUACAGGAGGAGCCGAUUGCGGGGACGCCCUUGUAUAGCGUCCGUGGUCUGAUACCUGUCAUCGACUCUUUUGGCUUCGAGACAGAUCUUCGGAUCCACACCCAGGGCCAAGCUGCCGUCUCUCUCGUCUUCGACCGCUGGUCCAUCGUGCCUGGCGACCCACUGGACCGGGAAAUCAAGCUUCGUCCGCUGGAACCUGCGGCUGCACAGGCGUUGGCGAGGGAUUUCGUGCUCAAGACGAGGAGGAGGAAGGGGCUUGCGGAGGAUGUGACCAUCUCGAAGUUUUUGGAGCCGGAUCUAUUUAGGAGUUUGAAAGAGAGUGGGGUUUUGGAUGGAUAAGAAACGAUUCUGCCGGACUAUGUUGGUUAGGGGAAAUGGUCACAGUGAGAGCAUCGAAAGGUGCCUGGAUCCAACGGUCUUUUUGGAGGUGCUGUAUAGCAUGCAGUGGGGCGAUAGUCAGGGACUUUUUCACGUUUUCCGCGGGUUGGAAUGCGGUGGGAUAACGUACCGUGCGGCAAUGAUCUGUAUAACAUUUAUACCCUUA